ACGAUGCACUGUGCUGCUCCGGUUGCUAAGGAACCACUGAACGCAGGUAAUACAUCAGGACAGCAGCUGUAGCACGUUAGCUUGCAAACAGGCUUCCUAACACAGCUAGAGCUACAACUAAAGCCAUCUCAUCUCUUGUCAGCUAUUCCUGACUCUUUGUGGAACAAUGAAAGGCUGCAAUUCGAAUAAUGUCAACCUUCUGACCGAAAGCAGACAUACACAGUGAAGGCAAAAUAACGCUGUUAGUUGGGGACACUUGUUAUUCUAGGAGCUAAUGAAUGUUAGCGGCAGAACAGGCUAAUAACUUGAUGCUACUCCGGCUGCAUCGUGUUGACCAGCUAGCUUGUGAAUACUUUGCUUAUCGGUCAAAGUUUAUAACCGAUUAAGCCACUGUACCAUGUCCUAAUAACAGAAGUCUUUUUUUAAGGGCACAUGAUUUUCAUUUAACUCACUCUGAAGGUAAGGCGUAAGAUAUAAAAAAAUGUUAUCUUUUUAUGACAAGCUGCGCAACACCACCUCAAACUCGUUUGUAUCAUUCAAUGAGCGUCAUGUGUCAUAAGACUAGACCUACUUAAUUAACCCCUCUGUCAGUCGUAAUAAUGCUAUAUUUUUUGAUGAGAAUAUAAUACAACCGGGCAGUUUACUUAAAGUAAUGGGGUUUUCUUUGUAAGAUUAUUAAGACUUAAAGUUUAACAUUGGUUGCCUUGACUAGUAUUAAAGAAAAUUGAGUUAUUCCGUGGGGUAAAGAUAUGUGACAGUCACCGACCGGUGCUCAGCCUGUGCUGGUGAGGAAGCAGGUCCUCUGGCAUGUGGAACUAGGCUAGCAUUGUAGCAGCAUGUUUGCCACAAGGAAGAAGGCCCCAGAGGCCACAUCUGAUUGCCACUAUCAAGUACUGUGGCAGAAUCUUACUAGCAAGCAGCUUAAUACCAGAUUUUUUUGACACUGAUGCUGGUUUGUCAGCAUUUUAUGUGCUCAAGAGUUAAGGUUCUAAAGUCAUACAGAGAGAAGUGUAAUGGUUAAAAUGGCCUUUUUAUAUUUCAGAGUUUCUAUACUGUCUGCUAUAAUUUCAGAUUCUGAUGCACAUUGUUGGAUGUCUUGCACAUGCUUGUCAAAGAUUAUGGUUAAAUGUGUGGACUGAAUGAUAUUUAAAACCAGUAAAAGAUAAUUUUAUGUGACCUGGACAAUUUAUCUGGACAAUGCAUGUAAUUCAAAAGACGUUUAGGCUACCCUACUUUCUGGGCAUAUCACACCAUUUUGAGCUUUCCUGGGUAAUAUAAGCCCUUGAGACAUGGUCACUGAUCUUUUGUCCCUCUUGCAAAGUUACUAUGGCAUGCUUCCAACCCCUAUCGCCAUUCUUUUUUUCACACACUUCCCCCAUCCUUGCCCCUUGAGUCUCUCCAUCCCCCCCUCAUUCCCAUCACAAUUCACAACUUCAGCCACUGGUGUUUAUUGAACCCAGCCUACUUUGACUGCCAUCAUAUUGCUACAAAGGAUUUUCAGUUGUGAUAUAUUUGUCAUAUUUCCUGUAGGACUACUCCAUGUCUGUAGCCUAAAUAAGAAAUGUUCAUGAUCACCGUGCAUGAGGGAAUUUGAAGUGUUUCUUUGUUCUGGGUCUCUUCAUGUCUGUGUGCACUCUCUGCCUUUGUGAACAUGAACCUCUGCCUCUCCUCAAGGCUGGAUCUGGUGAAGUAAUACAUAAAAAUACUGAACAAGUGUGUUAAAAUGACUGACUAUGAACUUUUCUCACUCUUAUCAUAUAUUUGACGUCUCUGACAGGCAAUUCAUACGUUACUGCUGAAUUAAGUAAUUUCUCUGAUAUGUGUCUGACCAGUAUCAGUUGAUCAUCCACAUUGUUACAUAAGGAUCCCUUUUCAUUUGUAUCUCUAGGUGGCCUGAAGAUGAUGGUGGCAUAGUGAGAAAGCUGGUCAGUCUGGCUGGUUGAGGUGUUGAGGGGACACCAUAAACCACGCCAGAAUUCUGACUAAUAGAUUUGCACUGCCCCCAGUUAAUCUCCUCCUCAUCCCCAUGUCUAACCCUGGAUUUUAGCUACAGUUAUGGUGACGCUUAUCACAGAGCAGCUCCGGAAGCAGAGUUUGGAAGAGCCUUACUACAAGGCUUUCUCAUUUAAUGUGAAUGCGGUGAGUUGUAUACGAAACAAGCCUUGGGCCAUCUCUUUUCUUCUACAUUCAUUUUAUCUAAUGGGUGCUUAAUUUGAAUUAAAGCGAUCAUAUUUCUGUUCCAGUCCUUACCUGCAGUGGGCUCAAGUCCCACUGUGUCAUGGAGUGCUUGCAGAUCAACACAAGGCAAGUUCGUUAGUCUAAAUGCAGUUUUUAUAGCCUACUAGUGGCAGCACGUGUUUAAAGUUUUUCUUUUACAUUUUUUAGAAACCAGCUCUGCUAUACACCCACCAUACACAACCAACCCCCAGGAUGAUUCCUGUGAGCCAGACUCUUUAUGGCGCACUUCUCGGUCUGGAGAAUUUCUUCAUAGACCAGAGGUCUCCUUCACAGACACGGCUCUCCAAAGCUCCCCUCCACCACCUCCGAAACGUCACUGCCGGUCCCUCUCUGUACCAGAGGACUUGUCUCGAUGCCGCUCUAACUGGCACCCUUGUGCAUCUAAGGUUUGGACCCCGGUCAAACACGGCUGCCAAAGUGGAGGAGCAUCUAGUUCAGGCUCUGGAGCCAGCUCUCUGCCACGAUGUGGUCCCAGUUCCUCCUUCACCUCAUCGUCCCUUCACUCAUCUUCUAGCCCCACCUUUUUUAGCUUAGCACUGUCCUCUGACUCCCCAUUACCAUGGAGCUUCCCCUGGGACUCCACUGACAAACUAAGAGGAACAUGUUCUGCCUCCUUUGCAACCCCUUCCUCCUGUUCUUCUUCACCAGCCCCCCUGAUUUCUCACUCAGUGCUGCAGCGUCGCUUCUCCCUCUCUCCUGUGCAUAUUCAGGAUGCCUCUGCAGUUUUGCUGCCCCCCCAACCCUCCCCUGCUUCUGCUCUGACUUAUGGCUGUUCUGGCAUGGAGCACCCUGCCCUGUCCCCAUCUCCCACCUCUGCCUGCAGCACCCCUUCCUCUUCUAGGCGCCACCUGCAUGCUGCUCUCCCUCGAUGCCACUCACAGCCCUGUGACAUGCGCAAACCUCGUCUGAAAAGACGCCACGACCCAGAUGUGUUCCCCUGCCCCAGACCAGGACUUGACUUCAGUAAAAUGACACAGGUGAGCCAGAAAGUCUGGGUCUGAUACCCUUUUUUCCUGUAUUCAGGCUGUUGCAUAUAGAGAUACCACAUAGCUUAGUAUGGUGAGCUAUCAGCAGCUUGGGAUGAUGGGUUCUCAUGUUUUUUGUACUAUAGAGACUGAAGUACCUGAGUAGGCAUCAGGCAUGAAAGGGUCUCUUACAAAUCUGUUGCAGCACAGCUAUGCUUGGACUCCAACCUAUCCAUCUAGCUGAUUUCACACUAUGUAUUGGAACAAUAGACGAAAAAGUGAGAACUUCACUUACAGGGAACUUUUAUGAUGUACUCUGCACACUACAGUAACAUUUUUGUGCAUCACCAUUACAAACCAGUCAGUUCCCUCUUAAAGAAGGUAGCUACAAAACCAUAUUCUUCUCUGUAUGUGUCAGGUAUUCAAUUAGACUUUAAUAAAAAUACAAUAAUAACAUUCUGGAGUUAGAAUGUUAAGAUUGGUCAUGGGUUUAUUAUUAUUUUUGUUUUUAGAUCAUGUGACGCAGAAAGUCAAGCCAAUUAAAUAUACGAUGAGUUAACCUGUAUAUGACUAAGAAACAGGCCAGCUGAGUUGCCACAGCACUGCCUGGAUCUUCCUUGAUGUGGAUUCUGAAAAAACAGAUAACUUUAGUGGUCAUGGGAAUGGAGAUUACGGUGGACUAUUAUUGUUUGAGGUGUGUCAGUGCAAACUUUUCAAAUGAUACCAUUUAACAAUGACUCCUUUCUUCUUUGCAGAUUGGAAACCAUGAAAACCUAGUGGGUGCCACAGGUGGCUGCUUAGUCCAGGUGUCUUCCCAAGCAGAGCAGCGAUCAGCCUUCUCCCCCGCAGAGUUUCUGGGACGAGCAAGCAUUGGACCACUCAGUGAAAGUGAAGAGGAGGAGGACGAAGAAGAUGAUGAAGACAAAAGAAAUAGGACCGUUGUAGAUGGAGGACAAAAGAUUGUUUUUGAAAGAGAUUGCACAGAGCUGGACUUGAACCUUAUAGAAGAGAACUGAAUGCUUCCUGGUGCUCCCAGUAUGAUACUGCAUUCAUAACUAUGUUAAGCACACGUGUAGAUUUUGUGUGCUCCUUUGGCUAAGAACUGGGAACCUGUUGCAAUAUACACUCAGAGUGCGUAAUCAAAAACCAAGCAGUUAGACGCUAAUAUCAGAUUACAGUAAUAUAGAAAAAUGUGCAUGGGCGAGUGAGCUAGUUUUCAUCCACAAAGAAUUGAUAAUAUUUCUUCAGUUGUUUAAAGCAUUGGUCUAUGACCCAACAAGGUUACAUACUGCAUCCUCAUGAAAUAACGUUACAUAAUGAAGUGAGUAAAUGGGCAUUAAUAAUCUAUCUGAAUUAUUUGGGAAAACUGUAAGAGCCAAAGUUUGAUUGGAUUUAGAUUUGUGCCUCCUAAUGACCUAUCAGACCCCCCCCCCCCCUUUGUGUUUGGAUUUUUUUAGUUUCCAAAUGACUGCGUUGGUUUUUAGAGGUGUACAUAAUGUGCAGGUCUGAACAGUGAUGGACAGAGCACACUACUUCAUUCAAGUACACAUACUGCUAUUCAAAUAUUAGUCCAAUACAAGUUAGAGAUACUCAGUUAAGUUGUUAACUGAGUUGAAGUACUUCAAAAACAUUGAAACUUCUUUUUAGAAAAAAUGCAUCAGUGCAGUCAAGACUAAUUGGGUUUACAUUCUGCUACAUUAUGGUAAUUUAGAAAAACUAAUUGAAACAGAAAAUAUUUAAUACUCAAAUGCUACAAAUUUCCAGAUUUGCUGUGCCAAAAUAAUUGUAAUAAUAUUGGGAACAACCAGUGAUACCUGAUGAUAAGGGAAAGUGUCAGACAGACUUUAAACCAAGAAAAAAUAAUCAAAAUUCAACAAUCACACACAGACUGUAGCUGCAGUGGUUAAAUCUUUGUGCUGUUAACAGAGUUGGUAUUUAAAAAGUACAAAUCAUUUUUAAUUAAAAAAAAAAACCUUAACAUUUUCCACAAAAUAAUCAGCCAAGUAGUGAAAAUGAGAACAGUCAUGGAACUGUAGUGGAGUCAAUACAAAAAUAUCUAUUGUUCAAAUGUAGUGAAGUAAAACCAAUUAAAGUAUAGGGAUAAAACGGUACCUUAGUACUCAAGUAAAUUUACUUUGUCACUGUCCACCACUGGGUCUAAAUAUUACUUUGUAGGCCACAAACACUCUUAACAAAAUUAAUGCUCUGCUGCAGAUUUGACAAAAAAAUGCUUCAACUUUUAUUGAUCCUCUGUGACUAACUUACCAUGCCCUUAUUUGUGGCAACAACAUCAAUGUAAACUCUUUUUGUUUGAGCUGAAAGAAAGGCUCCUCCUAUUGUUCAUCACUCUUGGGAAACAACAACUCUGAUGAAACUGUAGGAUGGUCAUAACUUACGCUUGACAUUUAGAAUUCUUGGUGCUCUGGUCUUCUUUCCACAGCCAGACAUUUAUCUCUGAUGUCUAUUAGCACUGACUGAGGUAGUUUUCAACAGGUGGUACAUGCACUAUAAUAAACAUAAAACAACUGAGUCAAUGCUGCGGCUGGACUCUGAAGGGCACAAUGUAUUGUACAGUGUUAAAGCGAGUGUAAACACAAAGCUAGCUUUAUAUAUACACAGUACAGGCCAAAAGUUUGGACACACCUUCUCAAUCAGUGCAUUUUCUUAAUUCUUGUUACUUUUUUAAUUGUAGAUUCUCAGUGAAGGCAUCAAUACUAUGAAUGAACACAUGUGGAAUCAUGUGCUUAAAGUGUGAAAUAACUGAAAACAUGUAUUACAUUUUAGAUUCCUCAAAGUAGCCACCCUUUGCUUUUUUGAUAGCACUGCAAACUUUUGCUGUUCUCUCAAUGAGCUUUAUGAGGUAGUCACCUGAAAUGGUUUUUACUUCACAGGUGUGCCUUGUUAGGGUUACUUUGUGACUGACAGAGUUAGUCACUAAGUACUUCUGUCAUCAAGAGCCAAGGGUGGCUAUUUUAAAGAAAAUAGAGUAUAAAUCACACUUUAGUGCAAAGUUCCACGUGUUCAUUCAUAGUUUUGAUGCCUUCAGUGAUAAUCUACAAUGUAAAUAGUCAUAUAAAAAAAUAAAGAAAAGACAAUGAAUGAGAAGGUGUGUCAAAACUUUUGGCCUGUACUGCAUGUAUAUAUAUAUAUAUAUAU